CCCCCGGGAGGCCGCUCGUCGGCCGCGUGCUGCGUGGACUCUUAACCCCAGACUGAUCUCAUCACCAUGGCGUCGUAAUGUUGGACGGAUAGGCCUCGUCCCUCCUGAGGGAGGGGCUGCAUCGGGACAAAACCAGGUGCGCCGGCGGCGGCCGCCGCCAUGGACUCGUUCGACUCGCUGCUCACGUGCUGCAUCUGUCUGGACCGCUUCCGAAACCCCAAGCUGCUGCCAUGUCAGCACACCUUCUGUAUGGAGCCCUGUAUGGAGGGCCUGAUCGACUAUGUCAAGCGCCAGGUGAAAUGUCCCGAGUGCCGCGCGGAACACCGGAUCCCGUACAAGGGCAUCCAGGAGUUCCCCAGCAACGUGACGAUGCAGCGCUUCCUGGAGAUGUACCAGGCCAUCUCGGGCGAGCUGCCCGACCCCAACCAGGGCCAGGUUAUGGAGCGGUGCGCGAUCUGCAACGAGAAGGAGUACCUGCAGCCGUGCGCGCACUGCGACAAGAAGAUCUGCCCGGACUGCAAGUCGGCGCACGUGGACGUGCUGAAGCGCGAGGUGGUGCGGAUCAACAGCCAGGUGAGGCGCGGCCUGCACCGGCUCCAGGACAUGCACCAGGCGGUGGACAAGAACGCCAGCACGGUGCAGCAGAACUGCCUGGCCGUGCGUGAGGAGGUGGAGAGCCUCGGCAAGCGGCUCAUCAAGGCCAUCCGCGACCGCACCGAGUGUCUGAAGGCCGAGGUCGACUCGCACAUGGCCAGCGAGGUGCGCAGUCUGGCUACGCUCAAGGCCCACCUCGAGCUGGAGAUCGCCAACAUCGAGAGCAACUCGGACCUGGCCGAGAAACACCUGCACGACAACACCGCCUGGGAUGACUGCGAGCUCAUGGACGCCAAGGACAUCUUCCUCAAGACUGUGGAGUUCAUCCGCAACUUUGAGCACGACGUGCCGGGCGGCAGCGACUACCGGCGGCCAAUCCGCUUCUCCGCUGCGCAGGAUCCCAACCUGCUCAGCAAGACACUCGAGCACUUCGGCGAGCUCAACAUCACCAAGAAGGAGCUGCAGGACGCCGUCGGCAACGGCAACGCCUCCAACGGCUUCGCGCUCAUGCACUCGUCGUCGUCGGCUGGGCCGGGCCUCAUGCGCAGCAAGUCAGACCACCGGCUGGUGGCGCAGCUCCGCCAGCAGGAGGAGCGCGGCCUCGCCGACGACACCGGCCGCGGCUCUCCCGCCAGCCGACGCCGCUUCGGCGACCGCGCCGGCCGCCGCGACAGCGAGGCUGGUCUGCAUGGCGACGACUCGGCCGGCGGCGACUCUCCUUGCGAACGGCGCCACAAGUACCGCUCGCGAUUCACGCGGCGCACGCUCGACCUGGAUGACGACCUGGAAAGCUACCGGCCUGAGCCGUCGCCGGCGGCGCGAGACGAGCCGCGCGAGAAGAGACGGCCGCGCGAGAAGGUGCUCGACACGGAGGACGCCUCGCGCGGGCCACUCAGUGGCAUCGCGCGCAUCGCCGACGUACCGCGCGUCAUCCAAAAGCUGGCGGAGGCGGAGCGCGGCCCGCGGGUGCCGGAGGAGAAGAGCGAGGACGACGAGAUCUCCAAGAUCAAGAAGCAGAACAAAGAGGCGGACGCGCAGGCGGCCAUCAGCGAGGCGGUGGCUGAACCGCGCCAGCCGCUGCCCUCGCGCAAGAUCAGCGAGCCGACGCGCGGCGCCUCGCCUCGCACGGCCGCCGUCGUCUCGCGCAGCUCGUCGGGUGGCUCGCUGAGUCGGGACGCGGCGGAGGAGCGGCCUCGCACCGCCCUGCGCUCCACCUGGCAGCGGCGCCCGUCGCGCUCCAACAGCUCCGAGUCGACCUCGUCUGAGUCGUCGGCCAGCGCCGCCAUACCCAAAACGGGCGCCGCCUUCUCCACCACCGAGCUGAAGAGCCGCUUUAUCUCCACACUGGCGAGCGGCGUGCGCCGCGAGUCCUCCGACUACAGCGCCCCGGCCGCGGCCAGCAGCGACCGCUACUCGAGCCGCUACGGCGCGACGGAUACGGCCGAGCCCAGGCCGUACGAGUCGCGCUACAGCCGCUACGGUGACUAUAAGCCGAGCAACGGGUUGACGCGCUCGCGCACCUCGUCCCACCUCGAGUCGCGCUCGUCGGCCGUCGAGCCCGACUCGUACUCGUCCUACUCGUCCAAGUACUCGCGGCCGUCGCGGCCGUCCUACGACGACUACACGCCGCGCUACUCGUCCUACUCAUCGCGGUUUUUAAACACAAGUGAGAGCUCUGCUGCGCCCGACGCGCCGGCGGAGUCGGCGCAGCGAAGCGGCGACGGUGGCGCCGCCGCCGGAGACAUGCCGCAGCCGGCGGCGGACGCUGCCAGCAAGUCCGAGGCCCUCUCCAACUGGGCGCAAUAUCUCAAGAGCAAGUACGGCUACUCCGGCAAGGACGGCAAGGAGAAGAGCAAGGGGGUGAGCAGGAGCAGAUCUUCGCACCUGCUGAGACUGCUCCCCGACGACAGCCAGCCAGAGCAGGCUGACGGGGAACAGGUGGCGCUACCGUCGCCCACGGCCGCCUCUGUCUCGCUGGGCUGUCCAGUGCGCAGCCACUACUUGCAGAAGGGUCGGCUCAAGUUCAAGAUCGGCUCACGAGGAGGCGGGCCGGGCCUGUUCACCUGGCCGCGGGGCAUCGCCGUCGGCCCCGACAACUCUAUCGUCGUCGCCGACAGCAGCAACCACCGCGUGCAGGUGUUCGACCAGGCGGGCACCUUCGUCAAGGAGUUCGGCCAGUACGGCAACGGCGAGGCUGAAUUCGACUGUCUGGCCGGCGUGUCUGUCAACAUGAUCGGACAGUUUAUCAUAUCGGACAGAUACAAUCACCGGAUCCAGAUAUUCGACCCGUCUGGCCGGUUCCUGCGCUCAUUCGGCCAGAACGGUGUAAUGGAGGGCCGCUUCAACUACCCCUGGGGCGUCAGCACGGACGCACUCGGCUUCAUCUACGUCUGCGAUAAGGAGAACCACCGCGUCCAGGUGUUCCAGUCUGACGGCACGUUCGUCGGCACCAUCGGCUCCGAGGGACGCAGUUCGGGCCAGCUAGCACAUCCACACUACAUCGCCGUCAGCGCCACCAACCGCGUCGUGGUCAGCGACAGCAACAACCACCGCGUGCAGGUCUUCGAUGUCAACGGCAAAUGCCUGACCACCUUCGGCGGCGAGGGUGGUGAGGAGGGCAAGUUUAAGUUCCCCAGGGGCGUCGCCGUCGACGACCAGGGCUACAUCGUCGUCGGCGACUCGGGCAACCACCGCAUCCAGAUCUUCAACCCCGACGGCGAGUUUCUCAAGGCGUUCGGCUGCUGGGGAAAUCAGGACGGCGAAUUCAAAGGCCUGGAGGGCGUGGCGGUGACGUCCAACGGCAGCGUGCUGGUGUGCGACCGCGAGAACCACCGCGUGCAGGUGUUCUGAGCAGCCGCCGUGCUGCCGCCGCCCGGCGCUGGUGGGAGACCCUUCAGAACACGAGACGUGCCGCCCGACCGCCGCGAGAGACAUCUACCGGAACCCGGCCCAACUCCACACGGCCGCCGCAGACAUCGCGUAGAACUAGCCAGAUGUAUUUGCUGACCGACUCCGUGUGUUCACGGAGUGUAGUUGUUCAAGUUCACCGGUGAAGAGAGGCUACAAUGGCUCACCGGACCCAUACGAUAGUGCCUCCCUUCCCGCGCCGUCCCAUUGUUUUGUAUAGAAUUUGUACGACGCCUCACGAACGACUUUGGAGCUUCAUGACGCAACCGAGUAUGGUAAUGCAAAAUGAGCAGGCAAUAAAUGAAGAUCAAUCCUA